GACUUUCCUCCCACGCUCCCUGUGCCCAGACAUUGCCGAGAGUGCCAACCAGAGUUCCUCUCCGGACCCCUUUUUUUUCCCCCAAACUCCCGGGCUUGGUCACCCAUCACGGAGGUGGUAUUCGGUCACAGGCCACGGUAUCCCUUCCUGUCGCUGUGAAUCAGCUCAUCGUCAACCAUCCCCCCGCGGGCCUUGGCUGCGCUUCUUUUCCCUCCCCCAUAACCCCCGGAACAGAAACUCAAUCUUCUCGUCCUGUCGAGUCGCUCGUCUUUUCUACUGUAGCCCCCGCAUUCUAAAAUAUUUCUUGUUGUCGCAAAGCAGGAACGGCCUUCUCAACGUCGACCGGGGGAAGACGAUCAGACCGGGACUUUUGGGCGCUGUAAAAAAUUCAAGAUCAAGCCCCUCCCCUCCCAAUCUGGCGUCUCGGCCAAUCACGGUAGUUUUCCCAGAUCGCACUCCGCGUAACGUUUGAGGAAUCACCCUUUUCUCUCUCUCUCCCACUUCAUUUUCAUUUUCCUCUUUUCUUCCUUUUGUUUUUUUUUUUUUUUUUUUUCUUUUCCCCUUCUUCCUCCUCUUCUUCCUCGCCUCACUCCUCUUUCAAAUUCCUGCUUCUUACCUCUCUCCCAUUCUAGUUUAAACGUUCAGCAUCUCUUCCUUGUUUCACUGGUCUUGUUCAAUCUUCCAGAUCUUGUUGCAGUUGUUCAGAAGUUCUUGGAGACGGAGGUGACAAGAAAUUUUCCUUGGCAAGCAUGGCUUCCACGGAAAACCAAGACUCCUCCGCCGCCAUGGCUCAACAGCAGCAGCAACAGCAGUCCGCUCAGCCGGCUCCUGCGACUCAGCAACAAGCCCAGCCUCCCGUUCAACCUCAACAGAUCCAAGCACCACAACAACAACAGCAGCAGCAGCAGCAGCCGGUGCAGCAGCCUCCUCAGCAGCAACCUCAGCAGCAGCAACAGCCGCCGCCGCCACAACCUCCUCAGCAGCAGCAGCAGCAGGCUCCGCCUCAGCAACAGCAGACCGUCGCUCAGAUCCAGUCCCCGCAGCAGCCUGUCCAGCAGUCCAUCGCCUCUGCUCCCGCAACCGCACAGCAGGCCGCCGCUGUAGCCGCUGCUGCCUCUGCUGUCCCCGUCGCGACCGCGCAGGAUGCAAACAACAAUAACCCAAACCAGCAGCAGCCCGAUCUGACCUGCCAGUGGACCGGUUGUCGCGAGAUCUGUCCCACUCCCGAGGCUCUCUAUGAACACGUCUGCGAACGCCAUGUUGGGCGCAAGAGUACUAAUAACCUUAACUUGACUUGCUCAUGGGGCAAUUGCCGCACCACAACGGUCAAGCGUGAUCAUAUCACCUCUCACAUCCGUGUCCAUGUGCCGUUGAAGCCUCACAAGUGUGAUUUCUGUGGCAAGGCAUUUAAGCGUCCGCAGGAUCUGAAGAAGCAUGUCAAGACGCAUGCAGACGACUCGGUUCUCGUCAGGUCCCCCGAGCCCGGUCCAGGCGCAAGACCUCCAAACGGAAUGUUCGGUGUUGGUGUCGGUCCAGACGGUAAAACCGGGCACUAUUUUGAUGGCUCACUGGGUGCUGUUCCUGGCGCACCGUACGGGCACGGACCCCCGCAGUACUAUCACCCACAGCACCCACAACAUCCUCAGCACCCUCAACAUCCGUCGAACCCGUCGUAUGGUAACGUUUAUUAUGCCGUUGGGAGCGAUGCCACUCACCAGGCGUCGUACGAAUCAAAGAAGCGGGGAUACGAUGCGCUGAAUGAGUUUUUCGGUGAUUUGAAACGACGUCAGUUCGACCCCACUUCUUAUGCGGCGGUUGGACAACGCCUGUUAAAUCUGCACGGAUUGCCUCUCCCCUUGGUCCACGCUGCUGCUGUGCCUGAUUACCAGCCCAUGCCUGCGAUGGUCACUGUUGGUGGGCAUGGAGGUUACCACUCCGGGCCAAUCCCUGCACAGUCCUAUCACCUGCCUCCGAUGGGUAAUCUUCGCACCAAGACUGACUUGAUGAAUAUUGAUCAGUUCCUGGAGCAAAUGCAAACAACCGUCUAUGAGAGCGAUGAGAACGUCGCAGCCGCUGGUGUCGCUCAGCCGGGUGCGCAUUACAUCCACGGGGCUCUGAGUUAUCGCACCACAAACUCUCCUCCCACGGCUCCGCAACUGCCAUCCAGCCACGCCACGGCAACAGCAACAGCUACGUCUGCUCCGCCAGCCACGUCUUCAGCAUCAGCCAGAUCCCCUCAUAGCGCAACCCCCGCGUUGACCCCCCCUUCCAGCGCUCAGUCGUACACGUCUGGUCGGUCACCGGUCUCCCUGUCGUCCAGCCACCACAUCCCGCCGUCGUCGCACCAGGCGCACCCCCAGACUAGCUCAAGUAUGUACCCGACGCUGCCCACCACCUCUGCACAAGAAUCUGCACCAGCAGGAUACCCUAGUGUUUCUAGCGUAGCCCCGCCGUCCACGCUGAGCAGCAUCUUCGAGAAUGACGACCGCCGCCGAUACACGGGUGGUAUGCUGCAGAGAGCGCGCAUGGACUAUCCCGAGCCGAUGGACGUGUCGAUGGACGGGAGCAGUGACCCAAACCCAAAGAAUGCGUCUUGCACCACCACCACCGCCGCCGCAACAACAACAACAACCACCACCACUGGCGAAGAUAAGAUUUCGGACAACAUGAUCGAUCCGUUCCUUCGACGUGGGUCGACGGACCGGCAGGCGUCGACGGCACAUGGCGACACGGCCAGACGUCGCAGUGCCACCGGCAGUCCCGACACCCGAGGCGCGACGCCCAAAGCGUCCAGCAGCAGCCGCACCGCGGAGGAGAUGUGGGUCGAGAACGUCCGUCUCCUCCAGAGACUCCGCGACUACGUCCACGAGCGACUGUACCAUGGAGACUAUGAAGAAGGAGUGGCAGUAGAGGGAGAAGGGGGAGGGAGCGGCCAUCAGUCGGCGAGCUACGGGCACCAAGGGUUGUCGCACAGUGAGAUGCAGGGCAUGGAGGCGAUCGCGGCGGCGGCGGUUGCGGACCGCGACGAGGAGAUAAAGGACGAAGGAGGCGACGAGGUCAAGGCGGACAGUCUGUAUCCGGUGCUAAAGAUGGACGGUGAGGAGGACAAGAUGAAGAUGGACGAAUCAUGAGCGAACGUCUUGCAUGUACCUCUUCUUCUUCUUCUUCUUCUUUUUUUGAUGGCUUGUUUUUUUGAUUCCUGGGAUUGCAUGUGAUUGACAUUUGUUUUCUCCUCUCUUUGUGUGGGAGUCUAGAAAGGAAAGGGAAGGGAAGGGAGAGGAUAUGUGUUUUUUUUUUUUUUUUGUCGCGUUCUAUCGUGUUGUUCUGAUGACUGCCAAGCUGGUUGUUUACCACCCCCCUUUUUUUUUCCCCAAAUUCUUCCAUUUCCCUUGUUUAUGCCCUGUUUAUGGAUUCCCUUUUCCCUGCGUUGGGUUGUUCUAUUGUUCAUAUUGAUGCGUGUGCCUACUGCCGGAUUUCUGGCUUGAACUUUUUCUUCUUCUACGAACUGCCUCCUCGUGUGAUCAACCGCUUUUCAUACUGCUCUAGCAAUACAAAUGAUGUACGAGUUG